AUGAAAAUAAAAAAUAAUGGAAAUAUUCAUGAAAUAGUGGGGACUACGUCAAGCCGAACGGAGGAGUUUGAUUCACCUUUGUCAACAAUGGAACUUAGAAAACGAAAACCAAUAAAUUAUGUUGAAGAUUUGAACUCGACAUUAGAAUCAGAAACAGAUUCAGAGUUUGCAAGGAAUAAAAUGAAAGACAAAAAAGGUACAUGUGUUGGAAAAGCUCCACUGAUUGAAAAUGAUAUGGAAUCCAAUUCUAACAGUCCUGAUACAGAUAUAGUCAAUGAUGAUAAAUUUGAUGAAUUUGAUGAUGACUUAGGGAUAAAACAAGAUUCUGGGUUAAGCGACUUGGCUGAAAGUGAUGGUGACAAGACCCCUUGUGAAAGUGACUUGACUGAAAGUGAUGGCGACAAGUUCCCUUGUGAAAUGGUAAAGAGAAACUUAAUGAACCGAAGGAUUAUUCCGAAUGUUUCAAAAAGAUCUCUACUACCUUUGAUUUCCGGUGAAAAAGAUUCAAAAAGUGUUUCACCACUUUUGUCUUCUGUUAUGCGAGAGUAUUGUGGAAAAGAUUCGAUAUCUAAGUUUGAUCCUGCACAUAGCUAUAUUCUUGAUCUCUCCUCAACUUCAAAAAUUGUGAAAGAAUUCGUACCAGAACAUUGGUCCAGAUUCAUUGCCGAUCGUCCUGAUGUAAUUAAUGAGACUUAUCAUAGAGAAUUAGAACCAAUACUUGAUCAUUUGUUUGGAAAACAAAAAAAAAGUUUAAGAAAUGUUAAAGCUCCUGAAUAUGGGGGAGAAUUAUCAUAUGAUAAAGGUGAUUGGGAAAAAAUUAUAUGGUGGAUAGAAUGGGCUAUAGGUCGAUUUCUUGAUGCAUUUGAGUCUGAACGAAAUCUGUUAAUGCAACAAGAUUGUCACGAAAGGGAAUGGUUGGGAAGUUACCUGAUUCCAAUUUUUCAAGGUGCUUUGACACUUGAUGGUCAUUUUCGAGUAGCAUGGGGGAAAAUUACAGUGCAAGCUUCUUUGCAAAGACGUAAUCAAAACAGAGAUAUUUUAGAAGAAAAGGUGAAUUGUGGCCAUAUGGCAGAUAUGUUAUGCUCUACUGAUUCAUAUGAGAUGUUAUGUUUAUUGACCUGUGGUGGCCCAUACAAACAAUACAAGUCAGAAAUUCGCAUUUAUUUAAUGGAAAGACGUGAAGUUUAUCGUCUUCAUUUUAUCAAAACGUUGGAUUUUCCUUUGACAUUUUCAACUUAUCAUAUUUUACGUAUUAGUUUGAUUUGGGCCUGGAAUAUUCAGGGACUGUUAAAUGAUUUAUUAGAGAAGCUGAUAAAUGAUGUGGAAACUGGUUCAGUCACUCCUCAAUGGAGUCCAAAUGAUAUGGCUACGCAAGAAACUCCUGAAAAAAAUAAAAGAAAAAAUCUAAAGCAAACGGAAACAAGAAAUAGUGCAAAUCUGGGUUAUCAAUAA